AUGGGAAAGAGACAGGAUGACGGUACCGGGGGGGUCAUCAAGGACCCUUGCUCGAUGAUCCAGGGGUACGAAGAACCGCUUCCCACCUUAGGAAGCUGGGCUAAGGCAGAGGCCAACUACCUAGCGGCCACCGCACCGCUUGCCGCACAGCCCUCGGCUCUUGCAUGGGGCGAGAGAUGA